AUGGUUGGCAAGAAAAAGCGUGGUCAUCCGGAUGUUGAGGAGCUUCUCUCACGACCGUGGUGUUAUUACUGUGAGCGCGAUUUCGAUGAUCUCAAGAUUCUCAUCUCCCAUCAGAAAGCUAAGCAUUUCAAAUGCGAACGAUGUGGUCGAAGAUUAAAUACUGCUGGUGGACUCUCUGUCCACAUGAAUCAAGUACAUAAAGAGACUCUCACGAUGGUCGAUAACUCACUGCCGAACAGACAGGGACUCGAGGUGGAGAUCUUUGGUAUGGAAGGCAUUCCGGAGGAUGUUUCCCAAGCACAUAAUCAACGCAUCAUUGCAGGUUUCUACCAAGCCGAAGCUGAACGACGAGCCACCACUGGCAACCCUGGCCCAGGUGGGAAUCAAGGCAAUCAAUCCAAGAAGCUGAAAUUCGAAUCACCCACGGACCUGAAAAAGCGGUUGGCAGAACACAAGGCACGAAAGGAGGCGGAGAAGGCUGGUACAAGCAGUGGUGGUAAUACUCCCAUGGUAGAAGGUGUACAAAACAGUCCUCUUGGUCAGAGCCCAAGCUCAUUUAAUAAUGCCUCGCCCUAUAUUGCUCCUCAAGCCACUCAUGGCGCUUCACAAGGUGCGGGUUAUGGAUCAUUCUCACAAGAGCCGUAUUCUCAACCGGCAGCAGCUUACCAACAGCCAUAUGCAUCCCAACCACCAUUUUCCGGUCCACCUGGCGCUCAGUUUCAACCUCAAUACUCACCACCUCAACAGUAUCCACCUUCCCAAUCAUUUCCACCUCCGGGGUUCCAACCACCUGGGCAGAACUAUCCAGGCGGUCCACCAUCAUUCGGAGCCGGCUCACCACCGCCAGGAUCGUUCAACGGGUAUCAUGGGCCACCUUCUAAUACACCACCUGCUCAUGGCGGUCUCCCAAAUCGACCGCCUAGUCUCCCACCCGCUCCUGGUCUUCCCCAACGACCUUCAUUGGGUGCGCCACAAGUUCCACCUUAUCAAAUGCAGCAGCUGCAUCAGGGUCCACCAGGAACUUCUUUCCCUGGUCAACAGGGUAGUUGGGCAGGCAAUAGUUGGAAAGGUCAAGAUCAGAAACCAGCUAUGUCAUCAACUUAUCCUCAUUCACAAGGCUACGGAGAUUACUCGACUAACGCUUCCUCGGUGGAUGACCUGGUUUCAGGCGCUGCACGAGAGGCUGAUGACAUUGACGAGAUAAUCAGAAUGGCCGAGGCAGGCAUCAAACCUCCGAAGAAGGGUGAAGUCGCAGCCUCUCCUGUACAAGCUAUUGAGGCAGAGGCCAAGGCAGAAGUCACGUCAACUUUCGUCCCCGAAUUCGCCGAAAUUGGCGACAAGUCUGAACCAACCCAAAAGAAGUCGAAGAAAGAUAAGCCCCAAAAGAUGAUUUAUUCCGACAAUGAAAUGAGCCCAGAGGAGAAAAUGGCGCUGAUGCCAAGGUACGCAUUCGUCCCUGAUGGAAAGACUGAAACAUCACUUGUCGAUGCAGCAACAAUUCCAGGUGUAGCUGGCACAGUCGAUGCAUAG